ACAUGAAGGGAGCAAAGUUUAGAACAGACAUGUCGGAUUAGAAACAGAACAACCGAAGAUCUCAGAAAACCCUAGUAAACCCCAAAAACUUCCAUAAUAACCAAGAAUCAAAUUACUGAUAUAAGAGAAAAUGGGGGAAUCAGAGGUUAAAGCAGAGAAAACACUGAAAGAUCAGGGAAAUGAAUUCUUUAAAGCUGGGAAUUAUCUCAAAGCUGCAGCUUUGUAUACACAAGCCAUCAAGAAAGACCCAUCAAAUGCCACUCUUUACAGCAAUCGUGCUGCAGCAUUUUUGCAUCUGGUUAAACUUAGCAAAGCGCUUGCUGAUGCCGAAAUGACGAUCAGUCUGAAACCAGAGUGGGAAAAGGGUUAUUUCAGGAAAGGAUGCAUACUAGAGGCUAUGGAACGCUAUGAUGAUGCCUUAGCUGCUUUCCAGAUAGCAUCAAAAUACAAUCCACAAAGUUCGGAAGUAUCCAAGAAGAUAAAGACAAUUACACAGUUGGCUAAAGAUAAGAAGCGAACUGAAGAACUGGAGAACAUGAGAUCCAAUGUUGACAUGGCAAAACAUUUUGAUACAUUUAAAUCUGAACUGUCUGAAAAAUAUGGAGCUGAAGACGGCUCAAAAGAGAUUUUCUCUUACCUUGUUGAAACAGUAGAGAAUGUUGUUAAGUCAUGGUAUGAAACAUCAAAAGUGGAUCCAAGAGUUUAUUUCCUUCUGAACAAGGAGAAGACAGACACUGAGAAGUAUGCUCCCGCUGUUAAUAUAGAUAAGGCUUUUGAGUCACCCCAUACGCACAACAAUUGUUUUGCAUUUCUUCGACAGUAUGCUGAAGAUUCUUUUGCUCAAGCUGCGUGUCUAGUGACACCAAAAAGUAUCAUAUCUUAUCCACAGGUCUGGAAAGGUGUAGGAUCGAGGAAAUGGAAGCAUGGACAAAAUGAUGGAAUUUUUGUCCAAUUUGAAUCUCCUUCAAUGCGGAGGUUGUGGUUUAUCCCUUGCUCAACUGAGAAAGGCAAAACCUUAUGCAGGGAUCCAGUGCCUUUGGAUAUUAGUGCACAUGAAAUUCUUCCUCGUGUAUUCAAGCAAGUAUAGUUAAGAUAAUUGCAGUUCCGUAUCUUGGGUCAGCUCUUUGGAGGAUCAAGUCGGGGAGAAAAUGGGCCUAUUAUCUCUUGAGUAAAAGCAAGGACUUGGCACUAGGGUCUAAAGUUUCAUUGAUUGGCGCAAUAUGGGCAAGCUGUCAUGCCCCGGAGUUCUCUUAUAUUAGCGAGGGUUAUCUGAGCCGUCAAGAUAUCAGAAUCUUUUGAAGUUUUCUUAUAGUAGAUUAGAGCUUCCUAGUGGUUCGUGUAUUUCCAUUUCACUUCCACUAUGUUGUUGGCUGUUUGAUGCUGGCAGUGAGUUUUGAUUGAUGCUCUUAAAACUUAUAAGUCAUUUCUUCAAUCGUUUUCGAAAUGGGACAGUUGUAAAUUUGCCUGAUGCCAUUGUUACCUGAACUUGGUUUCUGUCUCUCUGAAAGUACAUUACAUCAGUUUUUCACAA